GUAAGUCAGGCCUAUCUUGAGCACUGACUCCAGGAGAUGUGAGCCGCUGCCCGUCUCUGUCUCACUCUCCCCAGAUCGAAGAUGGCGGUGUCCGUGUUCUCAGGCGUGCGCCUGCUCUCCAUCGGAGACGCCAACGGAGACAUACAGAGGCAUUCAGAGCAGCAACCUCUGCGACUAGAAAUCAAAAUCAACCAGGACGUGGCUCUCAUUAGCCUCUCGAACAAUGAGGAGACGUGUGUCUUUAAGUGUUCAGUAUCACGAGAGACAGAAUGCAGUCGGGUUGGGAAGCAGUCCUUCAUCAUUACUCUGGGCUGUAACAGUGUCCUCCUGCAGUUUGCAUCUCCAGCAGAUUUCUCGUCGUUCUAUAACCUCCUGAAGAACUGUCGUGGACACGGGGGCGAACACUCGGUCUUCAGUGAGAGGACGGAGGAGUCCUCAGCUGUACAGUAUUUCCAGUUUUAUGGCUACCUCUCUCAGCAACAAAAUAUGAUGCAGGAUUAUGUGCGAACUGGAACAUAUCAACGGGCCAUCCUCCAGAAUCAUACUGACUUCAAAGAUAAAGUGGUUCUGGAUGUAGGUUGUGGCUCUGGGAUUCUGUCAUUUUUCGCAGCUCAGGCUGGUGCCCGUAAAGUUUAUGCUGUGGAGGCCAGUACCAUGGCUCAACAUGCAGAGGUUCUUGUGAACAGUAACAGGCUGUCAGAACGUGUCCUGGUGAUUCCUGGUAAAGUGGAGGAAGUGACCCUACCCGAGCAAGUGGACAUAAUUAUCUCUGAACCCAUGGGCUACAUGCUGUUCAACGAAAGGAUGCUGGAGAGCUAUCUGCAUGCCAAGAAGUUCCUCAAGCCCAACGGCAAAAUGUUUCCCACCAUUGGAGACGUGCACCUCGCCCCUUUCACAGAUGAGCAGCUUUACAUGGAGCAGUUUACAAAGGCCAAUUUCUGGUACCAGCCAUCUUUCCAUGGGGUGGAUCUGUCUGCGCUGAGAGGAGCUGCAGUAGACGAAUACUUCAGACAGCCGAUUGUGGACACUUUUGAUAUCAGGAUCCUGAUGGCCAAAUCUGUGAAAUAUACAGUGAACUUUUUAGAUGCUAAAGAAGAGGAUCUUUACAAGAUAGAAAUCCCCUUCAAAUUCCACAUGAUGCAUUCAGGGCUUGUUCAUGGGCUGGCGUUUUGGUUUGAUGUCGCAUUCAUUGGAUCAGCGAUGACCGUGUGGCUCUCUACGGCCCCCACAGAACCCCUCACUCACUGGUACCAGGUGCGCUGUCUGCUGCAGUCACCUCUCUUUGCCAAGGCAGGGGACACCAUGUCAGGCACUGCACUUUUAAUCGCCAACAAGAGACAAAGCUAUGACAUUAGUAUUGUUGCACAAGUAGACCAGACGGGCUCCAAGUCCAGUAAUCUACUUGAUCUCAAGAACCCAUUCUUCCGGUACACGGGCACAACACCCACCCCACCUCCAGGUUCACACUAUUCCUCUCCCUCAGAGAAUAUGUGGAACACUGGGGGAACCUACAGCAUGAGCCAAGGGAUGCCUACAGCCUAUGAUCUCAGCACCGUCAUUGGCGGCAGUGGGACUACAGUGUCCCACAACAAUCUCAUCCCCAUUGGUACAGACACGCAUGCACUGAACACGGGGAUUGUGAAUCACACUCACUCCAGAAUGGGUUCGAUAAUGAGCACCGGAAUCGUCCAGGGGGCUACAACUGCCCAGCAGGGUCCCAGCAGCAGCAGUCCUUAUUACCCCGUCACCAACCAGUUCACCAUGGGUGGCCCGGCUAUCUCCAUGGCAUCUCCUAUGGCCAUCCCCAGCAACACCAUGCACUACGGGAGCUAAGGCCAAAGGACGGCUCUGCAUGUCCAAUUACCCCCCACCUCACCCCACCCUACCCCUGCAAACUGACCGCAGCCAAAUUCAGAAUACCAAAUCCAGUGCACCAGUCUCUGACCAUCACUUUAUUCUUGCUCUCUCUCUAUAUAUAGAUAUACAUGUAUACGUAUAUAUAUAUAUAUAUAUAUAUAUUCUGAACUGUUUCUUUCACUGGUGUUUUAUUUUACAUAUCCGUCCCGCGGCCCUACAAUGUCAGCGCGUGCAGGCAUUCAGCCAGUUCAAGACAUUUGAGGUGUGUCAUUGCCCCAAACACACACAGCACCUGCUCCACAGCCUGCCACCAGGAGGCAGCACUUGUCUGUAAGCAUGCUGAAAAAAGCACAAACCAGAGACUCGAGACUCAACCUAAAGGACUCGUUUGCAAGAACACUGACCAUAGGAUGCUUUUUUUCUCUUUUUUUAUAAAUGCUUCACAGAUGUGCACACAUCUCCCUUAUUUCAUGAACUCCCACUUUUUUUGGAAGCAUAAAUGCCAUCGUUGACUAUUGAAAUGAAUUCAAGAUCUAUUGCAGGAUUUCGCCACUGUUCCUAACAACUCCAGCUCAAUUGUACCUACACUUUACGUUUCCAGUAAAAUCAACCGGCUGUCACAUCUCGAUUCACUCAGCGUGGGUUUUUGAUGGCCAUCUCAACUCUCCUACACACUCUCAUCACUCUCCAGACGUGACGGACACAUUCUGUAGAUGCUCACCAAUGUCAUUACAAUUACUAGCACAGUACCGCUGGACCUUGCCUGUAGACAGCCAUAGUGUAGAUAGAGAUCAUCUCACUUUUCAUUCCAUUUCUGACUGUGUGUUUUAAUGUAGUGCAGUCCCAGAUUUUUGUGUUGCUUGGUGUUCCUUGAGGUGAAUUCUGAGCGUGGAUUAUCAAGACUGCUGCUGUCGACCUCCGACUCCAACACGACGCAAAUCUGACUUCUAAAUUGGCGCAUUUAUUUUUAGUCAAUUGUAAGGACACAAAGGUUUUAGGAAUAAAAAUACCAGCACCAAAACCUUACAUUACCAGCCGAGGAGGACAGUAGAGUGCUGGGAAGGACAAUCGGCACUUGGGGGAGGAAGACACACGUGGACACACACUGACCGCUGCAGCAGGGAUUACAGUAUCCUAGUUUACAUCCCCCGAGUCCUGAACUUGUCAAAUUUUGUGUCAUGAGGCUUGAGGAAAGUAGGAGAUCAAGUGAUGCCUGACAAGCUAUAACUUUCCUCCUCUUUUCCUCCCCUCUCUCCCUCCUCCUUCUCAUGUACUGGGGAUAUUAUAUGACGAAAGCCCCAUCCAAGACUUUGAAGUCGUGUGCACCGCUUCCAGUCACUUUUUCUUUUCAGUUUGAUUUAGAACUUUAAUGAGAUCAUGAGAUGAAAACAACCAUGUCUGCUAGUUUGUAGAAAUAAAGUUUUGUUUUGUUUUCUUUCAGAAAAAAAAGGAACUGAAAAAAAAGCUAAUUAAAUGUUGAUGGAGAAUUCCCAAA